AUGCUUACGCAGAGCUUUCUUGUGCCUCUUCUGGCAUCCCUAGGGGUCGCCGCAAUUGCAUCCUCUGCUAAUACUACAUCGGCAGCGCCUGUUGUUGUUGGAGCGUAUAUUAUCGAAUUGGAGGAUGAUCAGGGAGCCUCCGAGUUCCUCCAGGACAUCACAGACGAUGCCAGAGUCCGAACUCGUCUUAAUGCCGGCGUGUUCAAUGGCGUCUCGAUUCAAUUCCGGAACCUUACUGGUACCGAAGACCGUGCCGCGACUGUCACUCUUCUGCCAGGGGUAAAGAACAUCUGGCCCGUGAGAGAAUACUCACUGCCAGACUACACGACCCACUGGCGAGGAACCCCGGGCAUAGCUCUUCUCUCCCGGUGCCAAGACAGCCGGGAUGAGCUUGCUCCCCAUGUCAUGACGCAGGUCGAUCUCCUUCGCGGGGAAGGGGUUACUGGCAAGGGAGUUAAGAUAGGGGUGAUUGACACCGGUAUCGACUAUUUGCACCCCGCUUUGGGUGGUUGCCUUGGUCCGGAUUGUCUCGUCAGCAAUGGCUGGGACUUUGUCGGGGAUGACUUUGGCGGCGCUACAAGCACUCCAAUUCCAGGUCCUGACCCGAUGGACUGCGCCGGUCACGGAACCCAUGUUGCCGGGAUCAUCGCCGCCCAAGAGAACGACCUUGGCUUCACUGGAGCGGCCCCAGGCGUGAAACUGGGUGCUUACAAGGUCUUCAGCUGCACUGGCAACACCUCCAAUGACAUAUUGAUUGCUGCCUUCCUCAAGGCCUACAGUGACGGCAGCGAUGUCAUAACCGCCUCUCUCGGUGCCGAUUCGGGCUGGUCCGGGGAUCCGUUGGCUAUCGUCGUUUCACGCAUUGUCGAGGCUGGCGUACCUUGCACUGUUGCUACCGGAAACAGUGGCUCAUCUGGAUUGUUCGUGGCCGGCAGCCCAGCAUCGGGUAAAGAAGUGACUGCGAUAGGGUCAAGCGACAGUGUCAUAAGUCCCAUGUUGGUCGCCAUGUACCUCCCGCUAUGGCCGGUGAGCAAUCUCGGCUGUCUCGGCUCGCCGGAUUAUCCUGGCGAGCCUGACUUGUCCGGAUACAUCGCACUCAUCAGACGUGGCGAUUGCGCGCGACACAUGCUUAUUGUCAAUAACAAGGCGGGUAUUGAGGAGAUUGGAGCAUUUUACCGGGAAACCUUCGAUGGUUCCGGCAUGGUUACGCAGGAUCAAGGCGAAGAAUGGUUUGACUCUCUCGCCAAAGGAGAAAAGGUUGUUGUCGGCCUUGCAAACUUGGCAAGCAAGGAUAGGCACCUUGUCGAGAUGGCGAACCCGACUACUGGCGGCUUUUCUAGCAUCUUCACUAGCUGGGGGCCAACAUAUGAGCUGGCUGUAAAGCCCCAGCUCUCGGAGCCAGGUGGCUUCAUCCUCUCAACCAUGCCCAGGGCCCUGGGUUCUUAUGGGGUUCUCUCCGGAACUGUUCGCAAAACCUUUGACCCAGCAACGCUUGAACACUUGCUCACUUCAACUUCGGUCCCUAGCUUCUUCAACGACGGCAGCACAAAGGAAUAUUCGGUUCUUGCUCCCGUACCCCAACAGGGGGCCGGCAUGGUUCGGGCUCAUGCGGCUGCCCACGCCACGACCCUCUUGAGCGUGUCUUCCCUUGCGUUCAAAGACAAGGGGUUGUUCCAGAAAACAAAGAGCUUUACCGUUUACAACACAGGGUCAUCACCAGUCACCUACAAGCUCGGACACACCACCGCGGCCGCUACCGUGACAAUGGAUGCAGCGUACAACAUGCCUGCUGCCUUCCCCGCCGAUUUCAUCUCUAGUUAUGCAAGUCUGGAUUUCAGCGAGUCGAGUAUCACUGUGCCCGCCGGGGGCUCUGCCGAUAUCUCGGUCACAGUGACGCCGCCGCAAGGCGUCGAUGACAGUAUCGUCGACCGUCUCCCCAUCUACCCUGGAUAUAUCACACUAAAUGGCACCAAUGGCGAUGGCCUGUCGCUGCCCUACCAGGGUGCUACCCAAGCUCCCGACAGCACCAUUAUUCUGCCCAAGGCCGGCACCGCAACGCCCGACAUGCUAACCCUCCCCCUUAUCAACUACUAUCUCGUAUUCGGCUCACGUCUCUUGCGAGCCGAUGUGUCUCGUGUUGUGAGCAACUCGAGCGCCGACUCUCGCCAUGGGUCCACCAUCUUGGGGACCUGGUCGCUCGGUAACGCGGCCGGGUUCCCCAUCCGUUACGGCCCAAACUUGGUGGCGUUGAUACCAUGGGAUGGACAGCUAGAGGAUCGUACCUAUACCCCGGCAGGAACUUAUACCAUUGUCAUCAAAGCUUUGAAGAUCUUUGGCAACGAAACAAACCAGGACGAUUACCAGGCUAUAUCAUCUCAACCAUUUAGUAUUGUAUAUGCAGAGUAG